AUGGCUACACACUCCAACUACAUUGUCAAAUCCGUCGUGCGCGCAACCCUCGUAUCGGUUGUCUCGGCUUACACGGUCACGUACUCCGCCUACCCCGCGCCCGCCUUCUUUGGCGACACGCACACGUGCAACAUCACUGCCUCCAGUACGGGUACCCUCACCACAGGAACGCCUGACGCGCCUGGAUGCACCAACAUCUCGCCCGCCGCCUUCUACGGCAACUUCACCCUCAGCGAUCUCAUUCCCGCAGAUGAAACGUGCGCUCUGAACUGGUUCAGCGGCGCCGAUUGCACCGGCACAGAAGGACCCAUCCCUGCGCUCCCAUUCGGCACGUCCGUCGGUCUCCCACUCAACGACACGUCCCCUACGAGCGGUUGCAUCCUGCUCAAGUCCGGUCAUUUUGGGCUUCCGCCUGAGAUCAAUCAGUUGGGGAUGUCUGCGCGGGCCGUGUGUGGGUCUACGUGA